UAAUAACUUAAAAGUGAAACAAAGAUCGAAUCUGAUUCUCCUUGCAUGUAAAGUUUCUAAAUUGGUUAGUGUUAGUAAUAGCGAAUAAGAUGUGUGUCGCUGGCGAUUGAAACAGCAUUUAGAUGCUAAAAACCCCAGGAAGCGAUUUUGAAUUACUUCAAUAUCAUCGGUGAGACCAGACAUGUAAGGAGACCAAACGACAGAGUUAUAGUCCAGUAUAGAACGAACAAAUGAACAAUGCAGAGAUCUUAUAACAAUAGGAUUGUUGAAAUCAGAACAAGUUAUACUCACAAAACCUAACAUAGAAGAUGAUUUGUUUAUGAUGUAUGCAUAAUGAUCACUGAACUAUAAGUAUUCCUGGACUUUUAAACCCGAAGAAUUGGGGAAAGUCUAAAAAGAUUAAUCGACCAGAUACUAUUCCUUCGAAAGAUAUGUAUUAUCAAUCAACACUUAUAUCAGAACCAAAUUCCGUGUCAAAUCCAUUGACAAAAUCACAACAGCUUACCAAUAGUCAUUCUCUUCAGCAUAAUUUAAACAUGAAAAAUUUACCCAUCCAAGCAAUUAUAAACGAAAAAAAAGAAAUUUUAAAACCAAUAGGCUUUAAAUCAGUAGAAUUACCAUUAGCUAAUGAUAAUGUUCACAUUAACUCUAAUUUUUUUCAAAUUUUAUCGGAAAAAAUUGAAAAUAACGAAGUAAUGCCAAAUAUUCAACCAAUGCAAAUAUUUGGAACAGUUAAAUUUGAAAAUAGUAGCCAUUUAUCUAGUUUUCCUAGCUCAUUAAGAUCAUCGAACUCGUCUAGUUCAUCAGACUCAUCUAUUUCAGAGGAAACAACAAGGUUUUCGAUAGAAAAGAAAAAAAUUAAAAGUAACCCAAAAAUUAAAAUAAAUGAAGUUAAAUUUAAAAACAGCAUAGAAAAAAAAAAUAAGGAAAAAAAGUAUAAAACAUUAAAAUCAAUAGAAAAAAUAGAAGAAAAAAAGUCUGAAGCAGAUAAGGAUGAGAUAAACAUAAAAACAAAAAAGAAUGAUAAAGACGAGAAAGAAAAAAUACAUAUUAAAUCAAAAGAAAAUGAAGUAAAAAAAGAUAAAGAUUCAAUAGAAAAAAUUAAAAUUAAAAACAAGAAAGACAGGAAAGAAAUAAAAAAGGAUAAUGAUAAAAAAGAGCAAGAUACAGAAUCUAGAAAAAAAAUUAAAAGUAAUGAGUCAAAUGAAUACAAUGACCAAAAAAAUUCAAUAGAAAAGGAGAAAGAAAAAAAUAUAAAGGAAAAAAAAAUAGACAAGACAGAUAAUAAUGCGGAUAAAGAGAAGAAAAAUAAAGACGCGAAAAAAAAAUUUAUAUCAGUAAACGAAAUUUUAAAAGAAAAAAAGGAUAAAGAAAAUAUUGAAAAAAAAGACAUAGAAAAAUUAGAAGAUAAUGAAGAAAUAAUUAAUCAAAAUACUGUCAAUAUUUACUCAUCUUCAGAAGAAACAAUGGAGUCAGGAAUUCACGAUCAGUCUCAAGGAAUUUUAAACACGCAAAGUAUUAUGGAACAAAUCAAAAUGACUUUAUUAAAUCGAAAUAACAAUUAGUCACAGCUUUUGCGAUAUUGUACUUUUAAUUAAAAUUAUAAAAUUAUUAUGAAGUCUAUAUUCUAUUAUAAUUUUGUUUUAAAAAUUCAUUUAAUAUUAAAUAUAAUAUUAGUUCAGUUAAAGCAUAAGUACUUCUUGUUUUAUAAAACGUUUAAAUGGAAUUUUUUAUGUAUAAA